CCUUUUGUUCAGGACCGUUAUUACAGCGGGGAUCAGGCUCCUCCCGAGGCGAGCCUUUCUGCACCUCAGUGCUCUAUACCUCUGUCCUGAGGGAAGUGGGGCGAGGGACGCGGUCAUGUUUCCUCACCUUUCCUUAUCGACUCUGCUGAGCUUGACCAGUCGAGAGAGAGAGCUACUCGAGAGCGGAUAUACAAAAGAAGCAGAGGGACCAGCAGCAAUGGGAAUCAAACUGUACUACACCACCGUUACAGCCUCACGGACGGUGAAGUCUCAACAGGCUGAGGUGAUUCGAAUCCUUGACAGUAAAAGCAUCCAGUACGAGCUAAUCGACAUCUCCGUGGGUGGGGAGCUUCGUGACGAGAUGAGAAACAAAGCAGGAGACCCCUCGGCAGUCCCACCCCAGCUUUUCAAUGAAGACCAGUACUGUGGGAACUACGAAAUGUUGUCGGAGGCGGUGGAGGCGGAUACAGUGGAUCAAUUUCUGAAAAUAGCAUGAGAAGGGCAGAACAUCAUUCUCCAUCUUAACCACAACCCCCCAACCACCAACCCACCAACAUAGGGCCCCCCAAGAAGGCCCUUUACUCAGUCUCUUCUCUCUCUGCACCACUGGCAAUGUCCUCACACUUUCAAUGCCAUAAUGAAGAAUGCCAAAUAUCUCGUAUCAAACCAAUCAGAAGACACACAUUCCCAUUAUCACACCAUUAGGCUCUAAUUCAUCAGUCUUAACUUGUUCAAUUUUUACACGUGUUUUUUCCCUUUUUCAUUUCUUUCCCUGUUCGACGGACUAGUCCACUAGGACUUCAUGGGGUGUCUAAAUUGUGCAGUAAUUAGGUCGACUAAUCUUGGCUGCAGCCACAUGAUCACUGGAGAUUAAACUAAUCCAUGGGAUGACAAGUUUCAACCCAGAAUCUUCCUGAUCCUCUGCAGACCAAACUCAUCAUCAUCAUCAUCCUCAUCAUCACUGAGUCUUAACUACUUUGGCGUCUUUUUCUGCAACCUUCAAGUUCCCAUGUUGAAUAAGACUGCACACUAUUUUUUUUUUACCUUACAUGGAUGCAAAUGUACACAAAAGUAGCAAGGACUGCAAUGGUCUUAAAACUUAAUUAGUUAAGAAUUAAAGCAGCCAAAAAGACUUGUUUUUUUUUUGGCCUGGAAACUUUUUGUGAUUUUGGUCCAUUGGUCACCUUUACAGGAAGGGGAUUGGAUUUAAAGUGGGAAACCACUCUGACAAAAGUUGUGCUUACACGCGGUGCUUCUCAGCAAAACACCAAACUUGAUCUCACCAAACCGCUUUAGUGCGUACCCUUCCUUACUCUUCCAAAGACAGUUGUGCGUAGUUUACAUCCAUGUUUGAUAAGUUGCAGUCUUCUUCCUCUCCGUCUUUAUUGUUCCUCUUCUUAACUGCUGGCACGAGUGUGAAUCCUUUUUACAUGAUCCAAACAAAACAGGGACCUACUUGUGAAAGCGUUGCUCUAUAGAGCUACUCGUGGUCAAAAUGUUUACACGGUACUACUUCAAGCUAUAUAGGGGAAAAACUGAACAAAUAUGAAGACAGUAUAUAAGUCAGUAAAAUCUCUAGCAAAUACAAAGGCACAUUAUCAACAAGGUUGUGUCUAACAAUCCUUAAAAAAGUAAGAGCUAAACCAUUUAGUCAACUUUUGGGAUUAAAUUCGCCCUGUUAGUGUUUAAAAUCUGUUUAAUCUUGUAACCAAACACUUCAGUUAUAUUUAUGUUAUGAUGGUCACCAAUGGACCAAAGGUAUUAAUGAUGUUAGGAUACGCCUUCAAAAGAAAUGAACAGUAGAAAGCUUAUGUAGUCAGCUGCUUAACCUUAGCAUCCGGUGGAGGAGGAGGAACAGAUUUUUUUUAAUGUCACAUUUGUUGCCAAUCUAUAUCUGUUAGGUGAAUUUGCAGGCAGAUAUUCACUGGACUAUCAGCACUUUCCUGCUUAACUCUACAUUCCUAAUAAUCUGCAUAACUUGAAAGCUUCGUACUUUGCACCAGUGACAGGACAAAACAACACCAAAACGACACACACAUAUGGAAAAGACGUGAAUCUUAUAGCUUUCAACCGUGUAGCUUUUCCUUCCUUUGUUCAUUUUGUGUCACAGUUUCUGUGCUUGUCAUGGAUGUGAAGAUGCAGUAAAACUCUGCCUCACUCUUAACACAGACAUAAAGGUCAAAGCUGGUGUGUUAGAAUUGACCUAAAUCAGUCUUAGGAACCACUGACCAAACGGGAAAAAUUAAGGCUUCAUUUAUUUGUGCUUUAAUGAUAUGAUAUGCAUUCAUUCAGUUGGUAGAUAUCAGUUGAAUAUACUAUUCAUGUUCUUGGUAAUAUAUCUUUUUUUUUUUAAAUAAUCAAGAAUAACAUGGUAUUCCACUCUUACUGAUAACAUCCGUCACCCCUCCCCUGCUUUCAAACUUGUGUUGUUACGGUUUGGGAUGACAUCUCUGACACACAAUUGUGCACUGUUUGUAAGUCGAUGGUUGUAGAUGUUUGCCUGUUAUUGAUGUAUAUUCACUAUCAACCAUGUUUUACAAAUUCAAUGUCUCUCUCUGAGCGCCUGCUUUGCUUUUGGACCAAUUCCCCUUGGCCAAAAAAGAAGAAAUAGGGAAUAAAAAAAAAAAGCUGUUGUCUUCCAAGAAGAUUGUGAAAAGUGAUUUAUGGGUGAAAAAAAUAAAAAUGGAGUUGAAUCGA